CAAGCAUAUCGUUUCUGAUAUAGAGGAACCACAACAAGCCGCGUGAGUUGUUUUUUUCCCCAUCGUUUUUGUGUUGGGAGACAUGCCAGAUACCCAAAUUAACGUAUAGAAGCACUAAAAAAGUGGAAUUUUCAUAAUAUGUCCCCUUUAAAUAGUGACGUCCAUUUUUGAGUUGGUGGCAGUAAUGCACCAAACAGCCUUUUGCCAACCAUCAGUAGAACCCAAAGAAGAAGAAGAAGACAAAGCAGAAAAAAAGGAGAAAAAGAAGAAGAAUCACACGUCUAUGGAUGGAUCCAGUAAAUUCUCCGUCUAACUUGAACACUAUGCCAUGGAAAAGGUGUUUCAUCGGGAGAGCCGCUCUGUGUUUCCUGGUGUCGACCUUCCUGUGCAUCGUUGGAGAAGCUCUGCCGGGGAUUGGAGAAAACAUUACCCUGGUACAAGGAGGGACGGCCAUCUUACCGUGCAAACUCAUUGGACGACGUCAUCCGGAUAUCGUCAGCCAGAUAUCGUGGCGGAAGGAACCUCGGAAUUCCCUCCGGUCACAAGCCUGAAGGACGAUUGUCCCACUGUGGGGGAUGAAGAGGUUUCCCUCGUCACCUGCAUGGCUGCUGGUGCCAAGCCCCCUGCAGAGGUGCAAUGGCUCACUGACACUUUGGGAGAAAAAGCGCGUCAAUCAAUCAGCGUCAGCGAGCACGCCGACGGUACGACGACCACAGUCAGCUCGCUGUUUGGAGUACCGACCAGAGAAAUCGACCGCCGCUCGGUCGAGUGUGUCGUGACCAGUGCAGCCAUGUCGAAAGAAGAAAGCCUGCCCUUCACCAUACAGAUCUACUUCUCACCCAUUGACGUGAUCAUCAGCGAAACGUCGGAGGGUGCGUUUGAAUGUGUGACCGAAGCCAAACCAAAGGCAAACAUUACCUGGAGCAGAUCCGACCAGUCGAGGCCUCAGUCUACUGUUAAAGUAGACGGCGCAACGCUACAGUUCCCGAGCAUGACCUCUGACCUGAAUGGCCUCUACCAGUGUGAAGCAUCGAACCUCUAUGGAAUAAAACGCAACUACGUCUAUGUGCAUGUGACUUCUGAAUCCUGCCAAACAUGUUGCAUCUUAUUUGGACUUCUGCUCCUCCUGAUGGCCUUUGUGGUCGUUGCAUUGUAUUUGUAUAAAACCAGGAAAUGUCUCAGGACGGGGGAGGAGCCACGUGGAGAGAGGUCAAAGGUCCCAACAGCUUCCAGCACACAUGAACAUUAUCAACUUCAGGAUGAGGGUUCUCUUUGAUGUGCGUGGAAGCCACAAACCAGAAGACGGAUUGCAGGGAGUGGCUUUAACUGUUUGUGGCUGCUUUGUCGUUUACUGCCAAGGUUCAUGUUUUCCCACCAACAACAUCGACAUAUGAUGAUAACAAGAGGAUUAUGAAUAAUGUUUUCAUGCACACAAGAAACUAGCUGACUGACUGAGAUAUUAUUCAUGAGAAAUAUGGAAUGAAAACCUGAGAGUAUUGGACAAAGAACACGUGCAAGUAGACAAAACACCGCUCAAUGAAGCGCCACAUUUCUUGCUUUUAUUUAUUGUAGUACUUCUAAAUUGGUGACUCUUUUUGUAUUUAUUUAUAUUUAUUUUACUUCUCUGCCAUCAAAACUUUUUUGAGCAAUUAAAUAUAUCUCUUGUUCUUUACCUUACGUGUCAUUUAGCUGACGCUUUUAUCCAAAGUGACUUACACUCCUGUUACAUUCAUACACUGUAGACGCAGCUAUAGGGAGCAAUUCAGGGUUAAGUGUCUUGCUCAAGGACACAUCGACUAAGGCGGGGAUUGAACCUGAAGACGGACCUGCUAACCACUGACCCAUAGUCACCCAUAGUUGUUCUGCCUGUUUUGUGAUAUACAUGCCUUAAAUAUAUCUCUUGUUCUUUACAUUACGUGUCAUUUAGCUGACGCUUUUAUCCAAAGUUACUUACACUCCUGUUACAUUCAUACACUGUAGACGCAGCUAUAGGGAGCAAUUCAGGGUUAAGUGUCUUGCUCAAGGACACAUCGACUAUGGUGGGGAUUGAACCUGAAGACGGACCUGCUAACCACUGACCCAUAGUCACCCAUAGUUGUUCUGCCUGUUUUGUGAUAUACAUGCCUUAAAUAUAUCUCUUGUUCUUUACAUUACGUGUCAUUUAGCUGACGCUUUUAUCCAAAGUGACUUACACUCCUGUUACAUUCAUACACUGUAGACGCAGCUAUAGGGAGCAAUUCAGGGUUAAGUGUCUUGCUCAAGGACACAUCGACUAAGGCGGGGAUUGAACCUGAAGACGGACCUGCUAACCACUGACCCAUAGUCACCCAUAGUUGUUCUGCCUGUUUUGUGAUAUACAUGCCUAAAAGGUGCCGAAUAUUUCUAGACUGAAAUAAUAUCGGCAUUAUAAUUAUUAUAACGAUGAUGAUUUUUUUAGUUGCCUAUUUUGUGGUGCCCCCUCAGGACUUGGUGCCCUACGCACAGUGCGUAGUGCGCGUUAUGGGAGCGGUGGCACUGCUUGCAGGGAUCAGUACCUCCAAUAAGGUUAAGAACCACUGAUCUAGUUAGUAAGUAGAACAUAUUUUGGAGAAGGGGAACCAUCAACACGGAUUUGAAAUCCCCAUAAAAAGUUACAAAUCGCUCUUUUGUGUUACUAUUGUAGUUGUUAGUUCAAGGAAACUUUUUCAGUUUGCUUUUUUACCAUGUCUUUUUUUUUAGGCGCAGUGUCCAGCUUGUUCAUUACGUCAUUUGCACUGUAAUAAAAGCAAAAUAAACAUGACAGAAGCCUUCAA